AUGAAUCAAUAUAUUGUUCAUCUUCUUGAUCUUCCUAAUGAAAUAUUAUUUAUCAUUUUGAAAAAACUUGAGAAUGUUGAUGUUCUUUAUUCUUUAUUGGGUAUCAAUAAUCAAAGACUUGAAAUCAUAGCACAAGAACAAAUCUUCACUAACAUACUUAAUUUUGUCUCCAAAUCACAAUCAACUGAUGAGAUUUCUUCAAUUUCUUCAACAAUACUCGAUCGAUUUUGUAUUUCAAUAUUACCAAGAAUUCAUAAAAAUAUCAAAUCGCUCAUUAUUGAAUCUGUUUCUAUGGAAGAGAUUCUUCGUGUUGGUAACUAUCCUAAUCUCACUAAACUUAAAAUUUUUAAUUUCAACAAAUUAAUCGUUUCAAAGUAUUUUAAAGACGAUUCUCUCUCGAGACAUAUUGAUAAACAACAAAUUACAGAUCUUGUUCUUGUCAGUAAUGAAAACAAUAUUGAAAUAACACAAAAAGAGUAUACGAAGAACGUUUAUGCAAUUAUUUUCGAUUUCUUUAAAAAUCUAAAGCAUUUGAGUAUUGUUCCAUCAUCUAUCAACGAUUAUCCACCUUUGUCGUUAUAUAUUUCACCACCACUGGUUUUUUCUUCGUCAACACUUACUAAAUUAUGUAUCAAUAUAAAUGAUUUUAAUGAUUGUCUUGCUUUACUUGAUGGUCGUUUCAAACAAUUAAAUACAUUCAUCGUUCAAAUUGAAUAUACCUACUACUAUAGUAUAUCAACAAUUUCAAACACGAAUGAUCAUCCUAAUUUGAAAUGUUUCUCAUUAACAUGUUAUCCUAGUAGUAAAGCAUAUGACAAUCUGGUUGUACCUCUUCUUCGUCGAAUGUCAAAUCUUGAAGAAUUAUCUUUAUAUAUUCAUAUCUUUUGUGGAUCGCUAUUCAUCUCUGGUACUCAUCUUCAUAAUGAAAUACUUAUUUAUAUGCCACAACUCCAUACAUUCACAUUUUGUAUUACUUCUGAAAAUUACUUUAUUGAUCCACCUAUUCGUAUAUCUAAUUUAGAUAUUGAACGAACUUUUACAAAUAUAAAAUGUGGACAGGUCGCAUGUAUGGUCGAUUAUUUCGAAACAGACAAAACGAUUUGUCGCGUUUUUUCACUUCCAUUUAAAUUUCAUUGUCUCAAACAAAUCUCAAAUAAUAUUCCAAAUCUUGUAUUUAAUUCUGUUACUCAUUUGGAAUUGUGGGACGAAAAUGCAUUUAAAUAUGAAUUUUUCAUUCGACUUCAAAGAGGUUUUCCAUUUCUUAAAAGUUUAUCUAUUUGGAAUAUUCGACCACCAUUUUGGGGAUUUGACCUGUGUGAUCUUAACGAUAAGGAUUGGUGUUCAAUUAUUGAAUAUCCUCAUCUUAUUUCACUUAAUAUCGCAAGUGUAAAUAUUUAUUAUGUUGAACAUUUUCUUAAUGAAACAAAGACGCAUUUACCUCGUUUAACUGAAUUAAAAAUCCGCUAUAACGAUUUGGAAAUGGUGACAAAAAACUUUACAAGAGAUGAAACGCGACGCAAUUGUGCUAAAGUAAAUCGAUUAAUUGUUGAACAUUCUAUAGUUUAUCCGAAAGAUGUUUAUUAUUAUUUUCCUUUGUUAUCAGUUUAA